AUGGCGUCGUGGUUGGGGGGCCUGGGCGCGGGCCUGGGCCAGUCCCUGGUGGGGCAGGUGGGGGGCAGCCUGUCCACUCUCACCGGGCAGAUUUCGAGCUUCACCAAGGAUAUGUUGCUGGAAGGCACGGAGGAGGUGGGAGAUACUGCAACAGACUUCGGUGUAUCCAGCUCUAACCUGAAGGAUAUAGAAAACACUUAUACAGCACUGAGGUCAGAGAAUGAGAGAUUGAAGAAAAUUUGUAAUGAUCUGGAAGAAAAACACGAAGCAGCAGAGCUUCAAAUAAAACAACUGUCUAUAGAAUACCGGAACCAAUUGCAACAGAAAGAGGUGGAAAUCAGCCAUCUUAAAGCUAGGCACCAUGCGCUGCAGGAGCAGUUGCAGACGGUGCAGUCAGCUGCUCAGUCCGCACAGUUGGGAGCCGGCGUCUCGCCAUCAUCCACUACGUCAGCUUCUUUUGUCUCUAUGGCCAGACAUGCAUCUUCCGGUUUUCAAGGAGAUGACAUGGACUUCGGAGAUGUCAUCUGGUCCCAGCAAGAAAUAAACAGAUUGUCCAAUGAUGUCUCUAAGCUUGAGUCUGAAGUUGACCACUGGAAGAAGAUUGCACAGUUUUCCAAACUACAAGGGUCAAGUAAUACAGAUGAGAAUGAAAUCUGCAAGCUCCAAAAUAUUAUCAAGGACCUAAAACAGAGCUUAAGUCAAGAAAUAGAUGAGCAUCAGCAUGAGCUCUCAGUAUUGCAGGAUGCGCACCGUCAGAAAUUAGCAGAGAUAAGCCGGCGUCAUAGAGAAGAACUGGGUGAAUAUGAAGAACGAAUAGAAGAGCUUGAGGAUCAGUUACAGAAAGGCGCUGGAAUUACUCUUGAAAGUGGUCUACAGAGCAGUACAGCUGAAUCCACGGCAGCACACUUGAAGGAAUUGGAGGAUGAAGUGAGAAUUAUAAAUAAAAAACUAUCUUCAACGGAAGAAGAAAAAACGGUUGUCUUGAAAGAGCUCGAAUUGGUAAAAGUGGAGAAAAGUCAAGUAAUGCAAGAAUGCGAGAGGUUGAGAUCUGAAUUCAGUAAACUUCAGUCUCCAGUUCCAAAAGAGCAGGCUGGUUUGAAAACUAAGCUUGAAGCCUCCCAGCAAGCAGAACAAUCGCUGCAAGCAGAAAUGCUCCGACUACAGCAAGCCCUGCUUGUUGCUGAAAAUGAAAUAACAAGACUUACUCGGUCAGAUCAGGAAGGAUUUCAGAAAGAAGGGGCACAUUUGCAACCACAGUAUGAGAGCACUGCGGGCACACCAACUGAAGGACAAAACUUAGAAUUAAACCAGUUACGACAAGACUUGGAAAAGAAACAACAUGAAUUUAAUGAAAUUGUUGCUGAAAAGGAAGCUCUACUAGCAGAACUGGAAGAACUCGAUAAGCAGAAUCAAGAAGCUACACAGCACAUGAUUAUACUAAAACAGCAGCUAUCAAAACAGAAUGCAGAAGCUGCUAAUACUAUUACCCAGCUAAAAAUUGACACAGAUUCUGAAAAAAGAAAAACAUCUAAGCUGGAAGCUGAGAAGAUGGAAAUGAAAGAGGAGCUAGGAGCCCAGACAGAGAAAUUAACUCAUUGUACAUUUGCACUUAAUGAUUUACAUAUGACCAAGCAACAAUUAGAGAAUAAAAUAAAAGAGCUAGAAGAACAGUUGAAAAAAUCCCAGGAGUCUAACUUCAAAAAUAAACAGGAAAUAGGAGAAAUAAAAAAACUUUUAAAGUGUAGAGAAGAAGAGCUUUCUGCAGUACAAAACGAGUUAAUCAAAGUACAACAACAAUCUAACGGUAGCGAUCAGGAUCUAUCAACUAAAGAACAAGAAAUUUCAAAGCUGAAUAAAGAAAUUGCAGAAAAUAAGCUAGUAAGUAAAGACUUGGAGAAAUCGGUUUCAGCUCUUCAAAUAGAAAAGGAAAUGCUUCACAGAGCAUGUGAUGAACUAAAACAACGGUUACAAGAAGCUAAUAGUGAGAGGAGUAAGAUUGCUUUGGAAAAAGAUACUAUGUUGGAAGCCUUGAAAACAGAAAAAGGGCGAUUAGAAAGUGAACUAAACCAGGCUGAAAGCCGAUUGUUGGAACAGGCUCAUAAAUAUGAGCAUACUAUUGAGGAGCUGUCAAAUGCACGGAGCAUGAACACCACCGCAUUGCAGUUUGAACACGAACGCUUAGUCAAACUCAGUCAAGAAAGAGACUUUGAGAUAGCAGAACUGAAGAGGAACAUUGAACAGAUGGAAGCUGACCAUGAGGAAACCAAAGAGAUGCUAACAACAAGCUUAGCAGGGCAAAAGCAAUUGACAGAGCUCAUAAAAGAGAAAGAGGUAUUUGUUGAAAAGUUUAAAGCCAGGGCUUCUGAACUGGAACAAGAACAUAACAUUAAAGACUCCAAACAACUCAAACUUUUAAAACAACAUUUGGAAGAGAAGGAGAGAAGCCUUUCAGCUAUGAAAGAAGAAAAUAACCAUUUAAAAGAAGAAAUAGAGCGACUGAAGGACCAGCAGAGUAGAUCGCCCCCUUUGGCUGAGCCCAAAACCCUAGAUAUCAUCACUGAACUUGAAGCAGAAAUUACACAGUUAACUGUACUGAAAAACAAUCUUGAAGAAGAGUUGAAACUUAACAAAAGGACAUUAGAUGAGCAGAAUCAGAAAAUGUCCCAGCUACAGCAAACUUUGGAAGAGCAUAAAAAAGAGAUAGAGGAGUCCAAAUUUCAACAUGAACAAGUGAGCAUUGCGCAUACGCAGGUGUGCUUGGCGAAGGAUGAGGAAAUCAAAAGCUUACAGAGCUCAAUAGAGCAAAUUAAAACCCAGCUGCGCAGCCAGAGCCAUGUCAUUCAGCCAGACCCUUCUGAUCUCUUCCAGGAAAACAAAGUUCAGACACUGAAUGGCGAAAAUGGCCAUGAGAAACAUGAUUUGUCCAAAGUUGAAAUUGAAAGGCUGGUAAAAGGCAUCAAGGAGAGAGAAAUGGAGAUCAAGCUUCUGAAUGAAAAAAACGUUUCUCUUAGCAGACAAAUUGAUCAGCUAUCAAGGGACGAAGUUGGCAAACUUACGCAGAUCAUCCAAGAGAAGAACUUAGAAAUACAAGCUCUCCACGCCAGGGUUUCUUCUUCAUCUUAUCGGCAGGAUGUCCUUUACCUUCAGCAGCAGUUACAAGCCUAUGCCAUGGAAAGAGAGCAGAUGUUGGCAGUUCUCAGCGAAAAGACAAGGGAGAGCAGUCAGCUGAAAACAGACUAUCACAAGAUGAUGGAUAUUGUAGCAGCUAAGGAAGCAGCCCUGAAGAAACUGCAUGAAGAAAACCAAAAACUAGCCAAUGAGUUUGAAAGUAGCAGCCAGGGUAUGUCCCGAGAGACUAUUAAGAACUUGUCCCGUAUCAUUCGAGAGAAAGAUAUUGAGAUUGAUGCGUUGAGUCAAAAAUGCCAGACUUUAUUGACCGUCCUCCAGACGUCCAACAUGGGUGGGAAUAGUGAACUAGGAGGGGUUAACAGCAAUCAAUUUGAGGAGCUUUUACAGGAGCGUGAUAAACUGAAGCAGCAAGUGAAGAAGAUGGAAGAGUGGAAGCAACAAGUGACGACCUCCGUCCAGAACAUGCGACACGAGUCUGUUCACUUCCAAGAGGAACUGCAGAGGCUUCAGACACAAAUUUCAGCCGAUAGCGAGAACAGUUCUAGGCUGCAGAUAGAGUAUAAUGGCUUGAUCCAGAGCUAUGAGCAGAAUGAGCAAAAGCUGAAAACGCUUAGCCACGAAUUAGUGCAAGUCCAGCAUAACAUAGGCGAGCUUAGCAGCACCAAGGAUUUCAUUUUAGAGAAGCUUGAUAUGGUAACACCGUCUCUGCCAGUAAUGUCUUCCACUACUGGACAGCCAUUAGACAUAACCGACAAUUCUGCUUUUCAGCUUACCGCUGAGUCCAAACCACUAAACGAGGACCUGGAGCACAUGAAGAAAGCACUACAGGAAAAAGAUGCGACUAUCCGGACUCUGCAGGAGAAUAAUCAGAGGUUGUCCGACUCCAUGGCUGCAUCGUCAGAACGAAAAGCUCAAGAGGCUUCUGAGUGGGAGAUCAAGCGCCUGAAGGAGAAGUGUGAUGUCUUGCAGAAGUCGCUCAGGGAAAAAGAUCUGCUAAUAAAAUCAAAGAGUGACCAGUUACUUUCUCUAAGUGAGAAUUUGGGUAACAAAGAGAAUGAGAACGAGGUGCUGAAGCAAGCUGUGACGAAUCUGAAAGAAAGAACUCUGGCUUUAGAAAUGGACCUCUGCAAGCUGAAAGAAGAAAAUGACAAAAUAGUGGCAAAGUGUCGGGAGAAGGAAACAGAAUUUCGAGCACUGCAAGAGACUAACAUGCAGUUCUCGAUGAUGUUGAGGGAGAAGGAGUUUGAAUCUCAUUCAAUGGCAGAGAAGGCUCUGACCUUUGAAAAACUGUUAAAAGACAAAGAGCAGGGAAAGACCGGGGAGCUGAACCAGCUGUUAAAUGAAGCCAAGUCAAUGCAAGAGAAGGCUGUUACUUUCCAGCACGAGAGAGAUCAAGUCAUGUUGGCCCUAAAGCAGAAACAAAUGGAGACAAGCGCCCUUCAGAAUGAGGUGCAGCAUCUUCAUGACAAGGAGCAGCGUCUAAACCAAGAACUGGAGAGACUGCGAAAUCACCUCUUAGAAAGGGAAGACACUUCCACUCGAGAGGCUUUAGCAGCCGAAGAUCGAGAGUCUAAGCUUAAAAAGAAAGUUCUGGUUUUGGAGGAAAAGCUACUGUCCUCGUCUACUGCUGUGGAAAAUGCCAGCCAUCAGGCAAACAUGCAGGUGGAGUCCUUGCAAGAACAGUUGAACUUCGUUACCAGGCACAGAGACGAAACUGUUCUUCAACUAACGAUGGCGCAAGAGCAGGUGAAACAGUAUGCCAUGUCCCUUGCCAACCUGCAGAUGGUGCUAGGGCAGUUCCAAAAGGAAGAGAAAGCCAUGUAUUCGGCUGAGCUACAAAAACACCAAAGGCAGACUGCAGAAUGGAAGAAAAGAGCAGAGCAACUAGAAGAGAAAGUGAUUUCAUUGCAGGAAAGCUUAGAGGAAGCAAAUGGAGCCCUGGAUUCUGCAUCAAGGCUAACAGAGCAACUGGAUCUCAGAGAGGAGCAAAUUGGGGCACUUAAGAGAGAAGCUGAACUCAAACAAGAGAUGUUAGAAGAUGCACAAAACAAGCUAAUGAACCUUAUAAACAGCACCGAAGGAAAAGUGGACAAGGUCUUGAUGAGAAAUCUUUUCAUUGGGCAUUUCCAUACUCCAAAGAAUAAGCGUAAUGAAGUCUUAAGGCUAAUGGGAAGUAUCUUGGGAAUAAAGAGGGAUGAACUGGAACAGUUAUUGUUAGAAGACCAAAAAGGUGUUACACGAUGGAUGACUGGAUGGUUUGGAGGAGGAAGUAUGGGAUCAAAGAGUGUUCCCAACACACCUCUGAGACCAACCCACCAAUCAAUUUUUAACAGUUCUUUCUCAGAAUUAUUUGUCAAGUUCCUUGAAACAGAAUCACGUCCGACUCUUCCUCCACCAAAACUUUCUGUGCAUGACAUGAAACCGUUAGGAGCAACAGGGAUCAGCAAGCCCAGUGCUAAUCCUUCCAGCGGCAUCACAGAUCCAGCAGGUUCAGGAACCAGUAGAAGACCAGAUGCAAAUCAGUUCCUUGCCCCUCGCUCUGCAGCGGUCCCCCUCAUCACCCCAGCCAGCCUUGGAACCGGUGGAUCUGGGCAUCUGCUUAUGAAACCUAUUUCCGAUGCUUUGCCUACUUUCACACCUUUGCCAGUAGCACCGGAUGCGAGUGCUGGCGCAGUACUGAAGGACCUGUUGAAGCAAUAG